GUCAGUUGCAAAACAACGACGAGCCAACUCCAAUAGCGCAGCACGCCAUGAACGCCAAGGUGAGCGAUCGGUCGUCCGCCGAGGAAUAGGAUCGGGUUCGGUACCAAAAGCUUCGAGAGCGCCGUAAGCUUUUACAGCCGGUCGAAAGAUACAAAAUUAUCGAAAUUCCGCGCACCGAACGGAGAUCAUUUUCCCGAGAUCAUGUCUGUAAUGUGGAAACGAGUUAUUUUUUCUUCGUUGUGUUUUACCGUUUGUAGUUGUCGAGUCCGAUGGAUUUGGAAAAGUCAAUCGAGCCACGAUUGGAACAAAGUCCUAGUGUGCUAGUUCAGUCGUCUGUGCUUUAUUAUUCUCUUUACUUGAAAGUUGGUUGUUUGAUUUUUUUCUCAGUUUUUCGUCGUAUUCGCCUUGGUGGCGGCAGCCUUGGCCGAAGAUCAAGCUGCAGGGGACACGAAGAAGGGCAAACGAGGUAUCUACGGAUUGGGAUACGGCGGUGGUUACGCUGGUUACAAUGGUUACGCUGGUUAUAAUGGUUACGCUGGUUACAAUUUGCCCAUCAGCCACGGAGUUUCCGUGAUAACGAAGGAAGUGGCAGUUCCAGUGGCACAUCCAGUGCCUGUUGCUGUCGAGAAGCACGUUCCUGUCCCGGUUAAGGUACCAGUGGCCGUGCCGGUCGAUCGUCCAUACGCCGUCCACGUUCCGAAGCCGUAUCCAGUCGAAGUGACCAAGCACGUUGCAGUGCCGGUCGACAGGCCAGUCCCUGUUCCAGUCGGCGUUCCAGUCAAGGUUCCGGUGCCAGCUCCGUACGCCGUCAAGAUAUCUCAACCGUACGCUGUUCCGGUCGUGAAGCAGAUUUCAGUGCCGGUCGUGCAACCUGCGGUGGUCGUUGAGAAGUACAACAGCGGCUGGCAAAGCGGUUAUCCCUCUGGCUACUCUUCCUGGUAAACUCUCCUGGUUCUUCUCGCCGAUUCGUCGCCUACAGCUAACUUCCAUCGCCGUUCCAACGAUUCCAACAUAUUCCAACAACGACGC